CAUAGGACCCUCACCAGUUCUAUCUGGUUUUCUGCCACUAUUUAUUGUCUGGAACAGAAAUUUCUCUCCCAAAUCUUCUUCUUCUUCUUCUUUGCUUUUCUCUGCUUGCUUGUUUUUUUCUAGGUGUUUUCUUUCAAGAACUGGCUAACGCACAGGAAAAAAUUCUGGAGGAAACCAACAAGAACCAAGACGUGGUUCUUGCCCUCUAUGAGGCGUUAAAGACUCGAGACGUUGAAACUGUUCAUCAAAUCCUUGCUCCUGACCUUGAGUGGUGGUUCCAUGGGCCCCCAACCCACCAGUUUUUGAUGCGCCUUCUCACUGGAGCUUCAUCAGACGAUUCUUUCCAUUUUGAGGUUCAUCCUCUUUCACUCACCACCUUUGGGUCCACCGUUAUUGUUGAAGGCUGUGAUCACAACCGUUCCAUCUCUUGGGUUCACGCUUGGACUGUUACUGAUGGGAUAAUUACCCAAGUGAGGGAGUAUUUCAACACUUCUCUCAUUGUUACUCGCCUUGGAAACUCUAGCCAAUCUCCACCGUCCGACUACAAUUCACCAUCAUCAUCAUCUACUUCUUCAUCGACGGCUGAGUUUACCCCAGUACAUUGCCCUUCCGUCUGGGAGAGCAGCUUUUCCAACAGGGUUGGAAAAUCAGUGCCGGGUCUUGUCCUGGCAAUUUAGUGAUCAUUAACUUCAAUAUCCGCAUGAUCAGGUGCAGCUGUGAGUACGCCAAUAUAAAAAAAAUAAUAAUAAGAGGGUGCUUGCGUGUCAGCUCCUUGGUGUCCUACUGGCUGAUGGGCCGAAAUAGUGUCAUAAGUUAGGACAAAGAGAUCAGAGAUGUGAGUUCCUAACUAAAGGUCCUGUUUGUUUCCACUGUGUUUUUACUAUCUUGCUUGUUUGGGAUUGUGAAUUUGUAUCGUGUUUCUUUUCCAAUGUAUUUGUCAGAUUGUUUGCAGAUUUCUGGGUCCAACCUGGGAAGACCCACUGCACCUUCUUUCCCCUUUACUCUCUAUGAUGUAAACUAUUUCCAUUAUGCGAUAAAAGUGGGUUUUUUAUUAUUAUUAUUAUUAUUA